GCUAACAUCCCUGCAGUCUUUGCUGUUCAUUUACCUUUGAGAGUCAUGUCCGAUUGGGUCCACCUGUUUUUUUUAGGAUACAGAAUUCUUCAGCCUUUAAUGGGGGUUUGAACUUGGGGAUUUCUCAACUUUUGUGAUCGACGUUGUGGAGCUUUUAUACUCUUAAAUCACUUUUAAACAGCUCACAAAUCCAUCUGGUCUGUUUCAGAUGCAACACUGGUGCCUACGAUACCACAAAUGUAUUUUAUAGUCAGAGGAGGAUUUGUGAGCUGCUAACCACUUCCAGCUGAUCAACGAACCAGCCACUCAACCAUAUCAGCAAGGAUGUUUCAUUUCUAUAACUCACACUGGCCUCUGCUGUUGUUUGCUGUUCUCUGCAGCUACCCGGGUUGGCUCGCCGCCUGGCCGGGCAUCAGUCGCAGCAAGCCCAAGGUUCAGCUGGACCCUAACGUGAGGGACUGGGGAGACUAUUCAGACCUCCCUCCGGGCAUCGAGCAGGGGUUGGGGUUGAAUGAAAAUCAUGCGGACAACAGAGGGGUUGGAGAGUCCUCAUCGAGCCUGGCUCCGGAGCUGGAUUUCCUGGCGGACUUUGCAGGUAAAAAGCGACUGUGGGUGAUAACAGCCCCAUCACACAAUGACCACUAUCUUCGUAUGAUGGAGAAACAGCUGGAAGACAUGGAACAGAAAGGGCUGAACUGCCGUCUAGCAGAAAGAGACACAUUCAUCAUCACCAUCAUCCAGAAUGCCAUGAUGGAAGGUCGGAUCCAGAAAACAACUUUCCAAGGAGACGCCACAGUGGAGAGCCUGGACCCUGACACAGUUAGCAAACUGCUGCACUACCUGGAGCUCACCAGCCAGAAGCAAGGGUUCACCAUGCUGGUUCUGAAGAAGAACCUGCGGGUCAGUGAGCGCUUCCCUUAUCCGGUCCGUGUUGAGGCGAUUUUGGAGCUCAUUGAUCAGCUCCCCGUGAGGAAGCUGGAGAAGAUGACCAGAAAAGGAUCCAACUUGAGGUGUAAAACCACUAAAAAGAAGGUUGUGAUGAAAAGAAAAAAGAUGAAAAAGAAGAUGAUACUGAUCCCUCAGAGGCGAGGUAAUGUGACUUCUGUCGUGGCAUUACAAAGAAAACCUCCCCUGGACAAAAAAGCUGCCCUGAAGAGUAAAAUCCAGGAUAUACUGAGUGGACGGUCGAGGUAUGUUAUCCGUAAGGCGCCUGCCGCGGGGUCCACGAGGGGAAAGGGCUCAAGCAGUGGUGGUCGGACGUCUUCUAACGGACAGGAAAGAGUGCACAGCCCUCCAUCUGUGUCAAAGAGUAACGAUGAAGUGAAGAAAGACAGGCCUGUCUCCGCUGUGGAUGAAGGGAAGAUAAGGAAUGGAGGGGAAAACAGUGAAGAUAAAAAAGAGCAGAAUGUAAAGGAUGACACACAGGAAAAACAAAGAUCCAAGAAAAAGGGUAAAGGGAAAAAAGGGAAGAAAGGGAAAGGAAGAGGUAAAAAGUCCAACAGGGAGCCCAGUGAGAAGGAUAAAACGGCACUGGCGGAGUUUUUGAACACUUUAAAGGGGACAAGAAGGUUAAUGUUGAUCUCAACGCCCAGCAGAGACGCAACACUGUACAUGCAGCAGAAAGACGACAGCGAGAAGCAACACUGCGACCUCGCUAUUAGGAAGAUCACUGUGGCGACCAUUGUGGGAGAGGGAAGUGACGCCAAGCUCACGCUGCAACACCACCAGCUCAAGUCGGAGCCUCAACUCAGUGACCAAUCAGAUCAUUUCUCAGAUUCAGGCCUGAUCUCUCUGUUGAGAGCAGAGCUCGGCCUGUCGUCCUCUGACCUCUUUUCCAUGACCGUCACAGACUACGACAUCAAACCCAAUAAAGUCUUUGAGGCUCCUCCGUCAGGCCCUGCUCUGUUCGAGUACAUUGACGACUUUCCCUCAAGGCGUUCCGAAAAAGAAAAAGAAAGGAGGAGUCCUCCGUCCUGCUCUAAUGGCAAGCCACAGCCUGGAGCUGAGAACUCACUGCUCAGGUUCAUGUCUAAGAGGAGACUGCUGCUCAUCUCUGCUCCCUCUGAGGACGACUACUCCUUCCAACAGCAGGUCUCUGCUCUCAGUGGACAGGAGUGUCACCUGGGUAUUCGCCACUUUGCCAUGUUGAAGGUGACUGGAACUGGAGACAAAGCAUCAGGAACUGUUGAGCUGUUUCCCCUAAAUGGUCACAGUCAGAGUGAAGUUGAGCCGUUAUCCCGUGACAUGGUCAACAAUCUGAGAGAACAGCUGAAGAUCAGUAAGGAAUACUACAGCAUGCUGGUCGUGGGGAAGGAUAGCGAUGUCAAGGCGUGGUUCCCAUCACCCAUGUGGUCCCUGGAUAGCAUCUACGACCUGGUGGACUCCAUGGAGCAGCGCCUCCAGGAGGAGAAGCUGCAGAAGAGACUGGGGAUCCACUGCCCUGAGGACAGAGGGACAGGAGGAAGCGAGGGGGGGCAUUAUCCUGGCUAUGAUGAAGACGGGGCGGACGACACGUACUAUCGCCGGUCAGAGGAAUGAUGAGAGAGA